AUGCAAUUGCAAGGGGAGCUCCGUGCCAAGGGCCAGCAUGCGGUUCACUAUAAGAACAUACCACAUGCAAUCUUAACGAUUGUAAAACAUGAUGGUAUGGGUGCGUUACAGAAGGGGCUUGCACCUGCAUUGUGGUUUCAACUGGUAGUUAAUGGGGUAAGGUUGGGAAUAUACCAGCAGGCUGAUAAUUAUGGUCUACUACGAGAUGAAAAAAAUAAUACCAAAUUUGUCAAUAGUGUAUUCUUUGGGUGUGUAUCUGGAAUGUGUGGUGGAUUUAUGGGUAGUCCCUUGCAACUUGUUAAGACCCAGCUAAUGUCAUAUUCGGCUAAGCAAAUAGCUGUCGGCACACAGCAUGCCCACCCAGGUAUGUUGGAUGCAAUGUCCAAAAUUUAUGGGAAGAAUGGAUUAGGUGGGCUGUGGCGGGGUGCCCAUGGAAUGAUGUUGAGGAAUUCCACAGGUUCAGCUUCUCAAAUUGUCGCAUAUGCCAUGUGUAAAGAAUGGAUUGAUGACAAUAAUAUGUUCCAACAGUCGAGGUACCUUUCUGCAUUUAUAGCGAGUAACAUUGGUGCCAUUGUUAAAACUAUAACUUUGACACCCAUGGAUGUUAUUAUGACCAGACUUUACAAUCAAGCUGUGGACUCAGAAGGCCGGGGUUUGUUAUACACAGGCUUGGUGGACUGUGCAAAAAAAAUUACAAAAACGGAAGGGCUGUUAGCAUUUUACAAAGGUUUCGGGCCAUCUUACUUCCGCCAGGCGCCACAUUCAGUCCUAUUGCUUGUGUUUUGGGAUAUGCUGAAGGAUGUUCAGAAAAGUUAUCAAUCUUUGAAAGCUUGA